GGAGAUGAAUGGCAUGAAUGGUAGUAGGAAAGUUUGAUCGAACGAUGACAUUUUAUUCACAUUUAUUAAAUCAAUGCAUUAAUGUUUUACGAUAUGCGUAGCAAAAGAUUAGUCGACUGAAAAUCUUCGCAUGCGCUCGACCGAACUAUUUAAGAGAACGAAAUUUAUUUCAUUCUCAAAUAAAAUUAAGGAAACGUAAAUUGUUUAGAAAUGGCAGAUAUUAAACCAGAUCAUAAAGUUGAAGAUACUGAUAAUUAUGGAAUGGGUAAUAAUGCGGAACCAAAAAAUAUGCAAGAAUUGACAGAAUAUGUACAAACACUACUACAAAAUAUGCAGGGAAAAUUUCAAACAAUGUCAGAUCAAAUUCUUGGAAAAAUAGAUGAAAUGGGAAACAGGAUAGAUGAUCUAGAAAAGAACAUCACAGACCUAAUGACACAGGCUGGUGUAGAAGGAGGUGAAAAAUGAUCAUAUCUAUUAUAAGAUUGAUUUUGAUACACAAACAAAAACAUUUUUAAUAUUGGUUGAUGCUAUUGGUCAAGAAUGAUAUCUAAAGGUUAUUGAUAUGUACUUUUGGUUAUAAAAGAAAUAAAUCACCUUUUUUGCAGUAAAGUAA